GGCACACACCAGCUUUCAGGUUCUAUCACUGCAAACACACACCACAUCUUCACUGUGAUAGGUUUGCGAGUCACUUGUCGCGCUCCUUGUUCGUUUCCAUCAUGCCUUUUGUCUAGCUUCUUGCCAUUCCUUUCUUUCCCUCCCUCGACCCUUGCGCCUGCGCUCUCUGCCCUCCCUCCUUACCUCUGAGUCCCUCCUUCUCACGCGACCAUAGCUCUGUCGUCAGCGGCCCAUCAUGUCGAUUUCCGACCUCAUUGACUGGCUUAGUCUGAGCAAGACUUCGCCGCAAGUCAAGGUCACCACCCUCCCGGCCACUUACUUCAAAUUUCCUCCCUCGCCAGAACCAACGACCGUACCUCCGCCCGCAAACAACCCGACGCUUGCGCACCCAUUCACGAUCCCUACGGACCUGUAUAAUACCCUCCUCUCUCCGCAUGUUCCCAUAACCGUUGCGCUGGUGUACAUGUCCUUGGUAUCUUUCCUAAAUUCCGUCAACGCGAAUCGUAAAUACAAGCCAUGGGCAUUCAGUCGGACAUACGUCUUCAAAUUUCUCGUUAUUGUCCACAACAUCUUCCUCGCCAUAUAUUCAGCUUGGACUUGUGUGGGUAUGGUUAAUGCCUUGCAUCUGGCCCUGCCGGAAUGGAACGAAGAGUGGAAAGUCGCUGGAACCGUGGACGCUCUAUGCAAAUUGCACGGACCGAGAGGAGCUGGAAGUGCUGCGACGUACAAUGCAACCACCAGCGCAUGGCAGAUGACGAAUCGCGUAUUGCACCUGGCUGCUGAUGGACUUGGUCCCGAAACUACAGAUGUAGGCCGCAUCUGGAAUGAAGGGCUGGCGUUCUAUGGAUGGCUCUUCUACCUCUCCAAGUUCUAUGAAGUCGUGGAUACCCUGAUCAUCUUGGCCAAGGGCAAGAGAAGCAGUCUCUUGCAAACUUAUCACCAUGCCGGGGCGAUGCUGUGCAUGUGGGCUGGAAUCAGGUACAUGUCUCCACCAAUCUGGAUGUUUGUGCUGGUCAAUUCUGGCAUCCACUCAGUCAUGUACACAUUCUACCUUUGCUCUGCAGUCGGAAUCAAGGUUCCCAAAUGGUUCAAACAGACCCUGACGACACUCCAAAUCACCCAGUUUGUCGUCGGAGCGACGUAUGCAUUCUUACACCUCUUUGUCGCCUACCAAAUCCCGGUCAGCGUCCCUUACAUAUACCAUGUGGGAGAAGCUGUCUCCAAGGUUGUGUCAGAAGCUCCAACAGAGAUCGCAUCGAGUGUCUCCGCGGCGAUCUCGACAGGUUCCGCCAAUAUGGGAGCUUGGCUAAAGAAGGCGCUCCUCCGGGGCGCAGGUUAUGAAGGUCUUGCAGAAAACGUGUUAAACGAUGAAGGCCAGCCAUUCGGGGUCGAUGCUGUUCACAUCGUUGAAGAUGUCAUCAGGAGAGAGGAGACAAGGUACAGAGAUGAGCUCCAGUGGGUUCAAUGUCUCGACACGAGUGGCCAAGUCUUUGCAAUCCUACUGAACUGCAUGUACCUCUUACCUUUGACCUGGUUGUUCUUACAGUUCUUCAUCACGUCGUACCUCAAACAAGUGGAGAGACGGCGAAGUCGAUCAGCCAGCGAAACUGCGAUGGUUGCGCGAAAGAGCUUUCACGAUGCAUCGAAAGGUGUGGCGCGACGGCUUAGCGAGGCUGUGGAAGAGAUGCAUCGUGUCUCAGAAGAUAUCGGAGACGAUACUGUGCUCGUGGAUGGUGACGAGGUCAGGAGGGAGCUAAAAGAGGCUGCAGAACAAGCCGCGAGCACAAUCAAGGAACAUUCGACGAAGGUCAAGCAAACAGCAAGCGCCGAUGCCGAAAAGGUACGACAGGAGUUUCAGCGUGAUAUGGAAAAGGCAAGGCAAAAUCUCCACAAUACUGCCGAAAAGGUGAAGAAUGCUGUUGCGAAGGCCGGGGAUGAGGAGACGAAGGAAAAACUUUCAGCAAAGGCGCAAUCCGUAAUGGACUCUACCACUGAAACCGUCGAGAAGACUAUGGAGAGCGUUAAAUCUACGGCCCAAAGUGUCAAAGAGCAGAUCCAACCCGCUGUCGACUACGCCAAAGAAACGGCCGGGGAGUUGAAAGAACAGGCUGGGCCAGCUGCCGAUUAUGCUGCUGAAAAGGCGACCGAACUAAAAGAACGCGCAGUUGAGGCGUCCCAAACGACCGGCCCGAAGAUCCAACAAGAUGCCGAGGAAACCCCCGAGUCAGGGCAGAUAGCGGGCGAUGAAGAAAGAGACACUGCAGAAGUGGAACCGGAAACAGCCGAAGGCAACGCUGAAGCUAUUAAACAGGAAAUCGAAGAGCGUUUGGAAUCGGACAAAGACACGUCGACAGAAGAGGGACAAUCGAAAUCUUCGGUAGAGAAGUACACAUCCGAGUCAAAGUCCCCAAACGGAAAUGGCAUCGCCGCCGAAGAGGAGACUGGUCCCAGCGCGAAUGAGAACCAAAUCAAGUCUGAGGAGACGACAGGGACAGAGGCGGGCGAGAGUGAAGAAGCCAAGGCUGAGAAAACGGAAGAGGACAAGAUUAUAGAUGAGAGUCAAGUUGUAAGGGAUGAGAAUGUGGCCGCUGAUGGCGACAACAAGGCUGGAGAGGAAGAUGGAACGAAUGGAGCAGGACAAAGCUGGGCACAGGUGGUCAAGAAAGGGUCCAGUGAGGAGGAGGAAGAGACGAAAGAAGGCGAACCUGACAAAGACAAAGAGGGUUGGGGAAUCUGAGUCGAACACCGAGCACGAUGCACACACGCAGCAGUGAGCAGCAGCCUGAGAUGAAAUCUGUGCUCGACGAAAGAUACGUCGAAUCGAAUCGAAUCGAAAUGCAAGGGCAUCCACCCGGACCCGGGGGUUCUCGAACUCAUAUCGUUCAUGGAGGCAUGCAGCGACCUGAUUCAAUCAAGAGGUUUGCAAAUCUACCAGCCCGGCGGGGUUGGCGUGCUCCUACAACGAGCCUGUUGGACUGCGUGGCAGAAGUUUCGUGGAAUACUGCAGUGCAUCAGACCGAGCCUGCUAAUGAUGCAAGAGCUAAUACCUAUUUACCUAGGUAGAUAAUGAAUAAAUCCAGACAGGGAGGGCAACCAGAAUAAUACCUACCUAGGUAAAAUUGUACAUACCGGGAAAGCCUGAUACCUAGAUGGGUACGAGGUAGUUAUGAAUACUUCCAACAACCCAAGGAGGAGGCGCAUAGCUACCAGGUACAUAGCAAACUCGUAGACUGGCCGCAGCUCACAUUUCCCAUCCGCG